AUGGUCGAGACCAAUAAAUUCGCUUCAAACGAUAAGAAGUGUGAGGAGGCUCCUGCUUUCUUGAAAACAAUAGAUCUAUCAAACUAAAACAAUAUUCAAAGAAAGCAAUUGCCAAAGUAUGACUAAGCCAAAGAUAAAGUCGAGUUUAUGUAAAUUGAUGUUGACUCAUACUGUGCUCCAGCUCCAGUUAGAAUGUAUGGUAUUACUGCCAACGGAAAUUCAGUAAUGGUACAUAUUCACAACUUUGUUCCAUAUUUCUACGUUGAAGUUGACCCUAAGAAGUACACCAUUACUCUUGAAGAUCUCAAUAAGAUAAAAGUAGACUUAAACAAUUGGAACAAGGGCGAAGAAUGUGUUCGACAAGUUGAGUUAGUUCAAAAAUAAUCAGUCCUAGGCUAUUAAGAAAGCUAAGGGCUAUUUCUUAAGAUCUACACUACGCUUCAGAAAUAUGUUAUUCAACUAAGAAGUUUAUUUGAAAAUUAGAGUUUUUCUGUAAAAGGGGUUAACUGCUUCUCUCAUGUCACUUAUGAGUCAAAUUUACCUUAUUCAUUAAGGUUUAUGAUUGAUUAUGGCAUAGUGGGAAUGCAGUGGAUUAGGAUUGAACCAGGAAAGUAUAGAAGGAGAAUAGGAAUGAAGACAUCAUCCUGCCAACUUGAAAUCGAUGUCGAAGAUCCUCAAAAUCUAAUAACUUUACCCUUUGAAGGCGAGUACUCAAGAAUCGCUCCAUUGAGAAUAUUGAGUUUUGAUAUAGAAUGCUCAGCAGAUAAAGGAAGAUUUCCAUAGCCAAAUUUAGAUCCAGUCAUAUAAAUAGCAAACAUAGUUAAAACUCACGGAGAUUAAGAACCAUUUGUAAGAAAUGUAUUUACACUCUUAAAAUGUGCAUCAAUUAUUGGAACUCAAGUAUAUUCCUAUUAAUCUGAGCAAGAACUAUUAAUAAAUUGGAGGAAUUUCAUCAAAGAAGUUGAUCCAGAUAUAAUUACUGGCUUUAACAUAAUGAAUUUCGACUUCCCCUAUAUUGUAAAUAGAGCUGUUGCUUUAGGUAUUAAGAACUAUCCUACAUUCAGCAAAUUACAUGACUAAGUAGCAAGAAUAAAAUGCGGCACAUUCUCAUCAAAAGCCUUAGGCACAAGAGAUACUAAAGAAAUAAACAUUGAAGGUAGAGUAUAAUUUGAUAUGCUUCAAUUCUUCUUAAGAGAAUACAAAUUAAGGUCAUACUCUCUGAACUCUGUAUCAGCUGAAUUCUUAGGUGAGUAAAAGGAAGAUGUUCAUCACAGUAUUAUUUAUGAACUUCAAAACAAAAAUGAGUUUACACGAAGAAGAAAGGCAAAUCAAAAUAAUAUGCUUAUACCAACUGAGAGAGGAAUUUCAAAUGAAGGGAAAUUCGAGGGUGCCCUUGUGAUAGAGCCUAAUAGGGACUUUUUCCAAGUGCCUAUUUCUAUUCUUGAUUUUGCAUCCUUGUAUCCUUCUAUUAUGCUUGCUCAUAAUAUAUGCUAUUCUACUCUGAUACCACCAAAAGCAAUAAAAUUUUACAAGACAGAAGAUUAUAUUAAAACUCCUAAUGGGGAUCAUUUUAUAAAAGCUGAGGUAAAAAGAGGAAUCUUACCAUUAAUUCUAGAUGAACUAAUUAUAGCAAGAAAAAAAGCUAGAAAAGAACUCGCCGAAGAAAAAGAUUCAUUCUAGAGGGCAGUUCUAGAUGGAAGAUAGAUGGCAUUAAAAGUAGCAGCAAAUAGUGUCUAUGGAUAUACAGGAGCUUAAAUUGGCUAGCUUCCAUGCUUAGCAAUUUCCUCUAGUAUUCUAUAAUGGUUAAAUUUGGAGUUAAAACAGUAGCAGAAGCGCUUUAAUUGGGACAAGAAGCUGCUCAUUAUGUUACUUUAUUCUUUACCAAGCCCAUUAGACUAGAAUUUGAAAAAGAGAUAUGCUGGCUUAUUAUGGACUAAACCAAAUAAAUUUGACUGUAUAGAUGCUAAGGGUAUUGAAACAGUGAGAAGGGAUAAUUGUGGUCUUGUUUAGGAAACAGUUUAAACAAGCUUAAACAUGCUACUAAUAGAUAGAGAUCCAAAUAAGGCUCUUGAUUAUUGUAAAGGUAUUAUCAGCGAUCUUCUUUAAAAUAGAAUUGAUUUAUCGCUUCUUGUUAUAACUAAAGGUCUUGGUAAAAAAUCUAAAUCAGAGGAAAAAGAAUCAACUGGUCCUCCAACAUUGAAAGAUUUAAAAGGCGCUACCAAAGGUUAUCAACAAAAAUAAGCUCAUACAGAAUUAGCCGAAAGAAUGAGAAGAAGAGAUGAAGCAACUGCCCCCUCUCAAGGCGAUAGAGUUGCUUAUGUAAUGAUUAAAGGUGCAAAAGAUAGUAAGUCAUAUGAGAAAUCAGAGGAUCCAUUAUUCGCUCUUCAAAAUAACUUGCCAAUAGAUUAUCAAUACUAUUUAGAGCAUUAAAUUAAGUAGCCUUUGUUGAGAUUGUUUGAGCCAAUAUUUCCAAAUGCUGAGAUUUAGCUUUUCUCUGGAGAGCAUACUAGAAAUAUUUAUGUCCCAAAAAUAUAAUCUUCAACUGGUUUAGGGAAAUAUGCAAUUGUUUAGAAAUAGUGCCUAGGAUGCAAAACAAUUUUAAGUAAAUAAUAAGUAGAAUAGAGUGUAUUGUGCAAUAAUUGUGAGCCAAAGAGGAGAUCAAUUUACAUUGAAAGAAAAGUAGAAUAAUGCAUUAAUGAGAAAGCAUACGCUGAUUUAUGGGUUUAAUGCUAAAGAUGCUAAGGAAAUUUACAUGAAGACAUCUUAUGUACGAGCAGAGAUUGUCCAAUUUUUUAUAGAAGAAUCAAAGCCAAAAAAUAGUUAGAAGAAAAUAUGGAAAUUUUAAAAGGAUUUGAAGAUUGGUGA